AUGGUUUCGACACGCUGGAAUCGACUGGUUCGGUUUGUCGCAAAGGAGGAUGACCGCGAGUAUGUCGGCGAGCCGGAGGAUAACGCUCUAGACAUCGGCGCCGCCCUGGCCCUGGACCAGCCGGUCUCCGUGCGCGUCUUCACCGGCUCCUCCGCCCUCGACCUUUCCGCCGAGCCAACGGACAAGGUCCUGACCGUCGGGCGGCUGCUCGCGCCCCUAACGGCCGACGAGGUCGGCACCAUCCGCUGCAUCGGCCUCAACUACCGCAACCACGCCCGCGAGAUGAACCUCGAGCUGCCCGACCACCCGACGCUCUUCUUCAAGCCCGCGACCUGCCUCGGCCACCCCAACGCCCCGCUCGUCAUCCCGGAGCAGGCCACCGACGGCCAGGCCGACUACGAGGCCGAGCUGGCCGUCGUCAUCGGCCGCGAGGCGCGCAACGUGCCGCGCGCGGACGCCCUGUCUUACGUCCUCGGCUACACGAGCUCCAACGACGUGACGGCGCGCAAGCACCAGUUCCACGGCGCGCAGUGGGGGUUCGGCAAGGGCUUCGACGGCUUCGCGCCCCUCGGCCCCUGCAUCGUCUCGACCAAGAGCAUCCCGGACCCGAGCGUGAUCGAGAUCAAGACCGUGCUCAACGGCGAGGUCAUGCAGGAGGGCCGCGGCGACGACAUGAUCUUCAGCAUCGCCGAGAUCGUCUCGUACCUGUCCCAGGGCACGACGCUGGCCCCCGGCACCGUCAUCAUGACCGGCACCCCUCACGGCAUCGGCGUCAGCAGGACGCCGCCCGUCUUCCUACAGCCCAACGACGACCUGAGGAUCGUGGUGUCGCACGGUGUGGGCAGCCUGGUGAACAAGGUUGUUUAUGAGAGCAGUGGGAAGAAGGUGAACGGCAACGGAGUGCAUGCAAACGGCGUUAACGGAAGCAACGGGACGGCUUAG